CGGUGGUGGUGAAGGAUCGAAGCGGCGGCGAGCGGCGAGGCAGGCGAAGCGCAGGCGCAGAGGUUCAGGCAUCUUCAGAGAAGGGGCUUUUUCAGUUGAUUUAAAAGUCUUUAAAUAGUGUAAUAUGGCUAGCACCCAAAUUAAAGGUAGUGGCUGGCCGCGAAGGGCAAGUCAAACAUCUCCAUUUGAUCAAAAGUUUGCGGCCAACUCAACAAACACGGCGAUAAACAGACCAAUCAACUUGUAUCCUCUUACUAACUACACUUUUGGCACCAAGGAACCAUUAUUUGAAAAAGAUCCGUCUGUCCCUGCGAGAUUUCAGAGAAUGAGAGAGGAAUUCGACAAAAUUGGUAUGAGACGCAGUGUUGAGGGAGUAUUGCUUGUUCAUGAACAUGGCCUUCCGCAUGUCCUUCUUCUACAACUCGGCACCACAUUUUUUAAGCUUCCUGGUGGUGAAUUGAAUGCUGGUGAAGAUGAGGUUGAAGGUUUAAAGCGCCUUUUAACAGAGACACUCGGUCGUCAGGAUGGUGUUAAGCAAGAAUGGGUGAUCGAGGACACAAUAGGCAACUGGUGGCGACCCAACUUUGAGCCUCCACAGUACCCAUACGUGCCUCCACACAUCACCAAGCCGAAAGAGCACAAGCGACUUUUCCUUGUCCAGUUGGCCGAAAAGGCUCUUUUUGCAGUUCCUAAGAACUACAAGCUAGUUGCUGCUCCCUUGUUCGAACUGUACGAUAACGCUCAGGGAUACGGCCCCAUCAUUUCAUCCCUUCCUCAAGCCCUCUGCAGGUUCAAUUUUGUUUACUUGUGAGGGUUGCUUCACACUUCGCCGAAUCCUGGGCGAAGUAGGCAAUCUGUGAAGAUUGAGAUCAAAAGGAGAGAUCUUGCAACUGAUCUACCUAGCGAGGACCUCUCAGAUCAGUCAUUGGCCUCAUCAGCAAGUGAAGAAAGUGAUAGUCAGGAUGAGAAAGAGUUACCGGUUUCAAUUAAAAGCUAAUGUAAAUUUAACAUCUUUCUAAAUAUCUGGAUGCUAUGUUUCCUUUUUAAUUAUUAAGAAAGUGAAGUGAAGUGGUUGUUUUUAAGUGGAUGAAUCUGAAAAGAGUGAUUUCUGAUAAAGUGGUGGCUUUUCCCCCCUAUUUUUGAAUCGUGUAACAAGGUUAGUAUGUUAUGAACAUUCAUCAAUUUAUGUGUCUGAGAUUCAUCAUGCGCCUCAUCUGAAAUAUUGGAGUAUUGUAUCUGGCAAGUGUGGUUAUAGUGUGAAAUAGGAAGGUAUUGCUGAAAUGCAUUCAAUACCUUGCGAUAUGAAAAAGAUGGUUUUCUGCAUGGCCGCCAAUUUUAUUUAAAUACUGUGUACCUUCUUCAAUAUUUUAUUAUUGUGAUUAAUUUUACAGUAGCAUGAAUUAAGUUGAUUCGUGUUAAUUUUUUUUGUGUUUCUCAAUGCAGUCUUUAAGUGGUUUAGUCAUGUAGAUGUUUAAAUUGUGGGCGAGUGUGACCCUAUAUUUCCAGUAGUGCAGGUAUUUUUGUUGUUCCUGGAAUCGUGAGGGGCAGGUUUUUGUAUCUGAAUCAAUUUUAUACCUUACUUCAUAGACAUUCAUUUGCCAGACUGUUCAAUCCAAAGAAUGUAUUACUUAAUUUUGACCAAACAAUCAAAAACAAGUCUGACUGAGGAGCCACAGGAACUGUAAAUAAACUUUGCAAGGAAUGUUGCAUAAAUAACCAUGGCUGUUCUGAAUUGUCAGGCAACGAAAAUCCCAGUUCUUGUAGGUUUUAGCUUUUGGUCCCUUUCUUAACCUUUUCUGUUCUGAACAUUUGUAUUGAACAUUUCAUUUUCAUGACAAAAUGAUGUUAACUUUUCAUUUCUAUUAAACAAUAAAAACCCAAAAGCAAA